AGCUUAGCUUAGCUUAGCUUAAUUAAUACACAAACAGACACACUUUCUCUCUCUCUUCUUCUUUCUUUCCCGUCUUCUUCUUCUUCUUCUCCAUCGGCUCUCUCUCAUCUCAAUCCCUGGGUCGUUCUUCGUCUUCUUUCCGCCCGCCAUGGAUCAUAUGCCUUCUCCUUCCUCUUCAGUACCGCUUCUUCUUCUUCGACAUCUUUGAGCUCCCGAGUAGUCCAGGUAUGUUAAUGUUUCUUUGCUCUCUUCCUUUUCCCACUCCAUCUGAUUAGCGUCUUGUCAAGCUUCAAAUUUGCUUGCUUUUUUAGUGCUCAAUCAUGUGAUUAAUUGGAUUACGUCUUUGCUUCGAAAUGAUGAUGAAGCUGUUGCUCGAUGAUGUGUUAAAUGAUCAGAUGUUUAUCCUCAAAAUAUUAAUUAAUUAAUGAUUAAUUAGUAAUUUGCCAAGUGUUCUCUUUGCCUAAAUGCUAUAGCCAGCGGUCCCGUGCUUUUCUUUCAGAUAGCAGGAAUAAGUACAAAAGGUCAAAAACGGCAAUUGCCUAACAAUUCCCCGGACGGAAAAUCAUUCCUCCAGGAAUUCAAUUCCCCCUUUUUAUUUCCCCUCCCCAAACCGAAAUGCGCACGCACGCACCGCUCACGCUCCGGAGUGGAGCGUGCAGUCCACUCCACUCAAUUAUUUUUCCUUAUUCUUUUGGUGGAAUUAUAUUGCAAAAAAUAUAUUAAAAAAAAUUUAGACAAAGCCAAAUUAAAAUGUAUGUUUGUUAGGGGUAGUGAGGGAUACCUGGUGCGCACAUUAGCGAUAGUGGAAGUGUAUGUGUAAAAUAAUUUGACUCCCUGUAGCUGCUGAUAACGAUAUGAAUGAAAUGAAGGUGCUAUUAAUUAAUUAUUUUAUUGUUAUUAUUAUUAUUAUUGAAUAGAAGCUGGAGGGAGGGGGAAAAAAGAAAAGGGCCCAGAAAAAAAAAAAAAAAAACAUCCCCACCUAAAUCACUACGUCAUCAACAAUUAACAAACCAUCCACUCAACUUCCCACAAUACGUUUUCUGUGGUUCGCGUGUUAAAGAUAUAAGGUUGAUGCGAUGUAUUCUCGAGUUCAAUUUUGAUUCAGAUUUUUUUAAUUAAUCAACUAAUAAGACUACAUGCCAUAAUUAUUCAUUCUUGUCAAUUUCUCAUACGAACCGUUAAAACUUUUUUUUAUUUUCCUUCUUAAAAACUCCAUUUUUAGCUCACUGUAAGAGGACAAGAAUUGUUUAUUCACUAUAACGCGAAAUAAUUGAGAAAGACAAAACAGAAAUAAAAAAAAAAAAAAAAAGUGGGAUGGUUUUGUUGUGUGUGACAGUGAGUGUGUGGGUUAUAAGCUACAAUGAAUUCCCAUAUAGUGUGGAUUCCGAUUCUAUCUUGUGGGCAAUGAUGGUGGUGCCACUGUUCAAUUGCAACACAAGUUCCACUAACCAUCGCCUCUUCUUCCUCUUCCUUCUUCUUCCUCUUCUUCUUCCAGGUUUCUUCCAAUCCCUGAUUCUGCCUGCUCUCUGUUCUCCGUGGCGGGAAACUCACGCCCAUUGCUGACAUCAGUUUGAAAUCCACAACCAGGUACGUUUUUAUGGCCGCGGCUCCUCAAUUUCUACCCCUUUUUUGGGUUUUCCCCCUUCCUAUCAGUGUCCAAGUUGUUUUUUUUUUCCUCUGCACCGUUUGGUUGGUUGCUGGGAAAGCUGAAGAGAGUUGACCCACUCUGGACUCUGUUUCCUUUCCUGCUUCUUUCAGGCUUGUUGUUUGUUAAAUCUUUCUCCCCCUUCCCCUUUCUCUUUUUUCCUCUCCAAACUCUGUUUUCAUGGAGGGAGAAGCAGUUGCUUAUUAGGGUGUUAGGCCGAUUUGAAUCGGAUCGGGUUGUGUGCUAAAAUCAAUACAGGUUUCUUCUUUCUCGUUCUCCUUUCUCCGAAAUUGUCAUGUUGAAGAACCCAAGUUUGGACCUUUUGUCUGUAUUGAAAUCGGAAUAGUCCUGUUGAAGAAAGCUAACGAGUUGGGGGAGGCCAAAGUUGGCAUCUUUUGUCUGUCUAAAAAUCGAAAUGAUCAUGUCAAAUCAUGGGUUUGGAGUUGGAGGAGAUCCACAAUACUUUAUGCCAUAAAUUCGUGGUUAGUACUUAGUAACAGUGUGGUGAAAUUUCCAACCCGAGAUAUUUUGGUUAAAGGAUUUUGAUAGCUCGCACUAACUACUCAAAUUGUUAGGAAAUACCCAAAGCUUGGGUUUAUAUCAUUUCCUCAACGGUUUGGAAAGAACAGUUCCUUUAGCUUUCCUUGUUUGCCACAAUUUUAAAUUGGACAUGGAACUGAAUGAGCAUAAUCCUUUUUCAUUCCUCUCUAAUUCUUACUUCGCCGACUUUCCUUUGCCUUCUUUUCUUGAAAUAGAAUUCUGCAAAAUGUUUCUCCAUCACUCUAUGUAGUCAGAAGAACCCUGGUUCUUACUCUGAGGCUAUGACUUGAUGUCACUCAUUGAUGAUGGUAACCGCCAAAAAAAUGCAAGUUGUUUGACGAUUUUUGGCCUUAUAUUCUUUCUUCAUCGCUUUUGUCUUCUCAAUGCUGUUUGCCUUCAAACUUGAUCGAGUGUACUGCUACUCUUCCUCCUUUUUUUGGAUCCAAAUUUUUAGCUUUUUUUAGAUGUCAAACGAUACCACUAAAGUCCCACCACGAUGAACAUGGUCUAGGAAGAAAAGUAGAUAGUGAUAAAACCCAACAGCCAAGGAUUUGGUGGUUCAGGUUCAAUCCUGCAUAAAGAUCAAGAGCAAACAUUAGGCCAUGGUCUGUGAUUGAACCCUUUUUUAAUCAUUAGCAAUGUCUCUUUUUCUUUGAUAUUUGUCAGCCACUUCUACAGUGGAGCUUGUUGAUAUUAAGCUAUCAUUGACACUCUUUCAUGAAAAAACUUAAGUUAAUUUCCAUACAACUUCAACACUUAUGGGUGUGUUUACCGUAAUCCAGAACAUACAGUUCAUUAGCUUUAUUUCCUUUUAUUUCCUGUCCUAUUAAUCCCUUGGUCUACAUCUUAUUCUUAUUAGAAGCAAGAACAACUCAACUCUGUUUUCUGAUUCCUGCAUGCUGUCUUUAGUUUCAUUGCUGCCGCUUGACUCUUUUCUUUCAAAAGCUUAUUGAGGUACCCCAUACAGUUAAAAAAGAUAGCAUGAACUCUUCAUCAACUCAGUUCGUGACUUCGGGAGGGAUGGGGAUGUAUGAUCAUAUGCACCAGCUUAGCAUGUGGGGAGAAAGUUUCAAGAGUAAUGGAAGUCCUCAUCCACUGUCAUCAAUGCUUCUACCGAAUACAUCCCCGUCAUUGAUUAUAACAGCAGAUAUGAAGCUAGACAAUCAGUCAGAAGAUACUUCCGGGACCCCUGGACCGCUUAAUAAGUACGACCAAGAAGUCACUAAAUCGAGUGAGAAGAUACAAAGGCGUCUUGCCCAAAACCGUGAGGCUGCUCGUAAAAGUCGUCUACGUAAAAAGGCAUAUGUGAAACAACUAGAAUCAAGUCGUUUGAAGUUGAUGCAGUUGGAGCAGGAGCUUGACAGAGCCAGACAACAGGGUUUAUAUGUGGGCAGUGGAGUAGAAGCUAGUCAUGUGGGGUUUAAUGGAGCAGUAAACUCAGGAAUCGCAACAUUUGAGGCGGAGUACGGACAUUGGCUAGAGGAGCAGCAGAAGCACGUCUCUGACCUUCGAGCCGCUGUAACUUCCAACAUAAGCGAUGGAGAAAUGCGCGUACUUGUAGAAGCUAGCUUGAACCACUAUUACGAACUCUUCCGCAUGAAGGGAGCUGCAGCCAAGGCCGAUGUGUUCUAUGUCAUGUCUGGCCUGUGGAAGUCUUCAGCAGAACGGUUUUUCCUCUGGAUUGGAGGCUUUCGUCCGUCAGAACUUAUUAAGAUUUUAAGGCCAAAGAUUGAGCCCUUGGCAGAACCACAACUUCAGGGUAUCUGCAACCUAGGGCAAUUAUGCCAACAAGCGGAAGACGCCCUGUCGCAAGGGAUGGACAGACUUCAGCAAACGCUAGCUCAGAGUGUAGCAGAUGGUCAACUGGGAGAAGCAAGCUAUUCGCCGCAGAUUGAUACUGCCAUGGAGAAGUUGGAUGGCGUAGUUCGUUUCGUUCGCCAGGCGGACCAUCUGCGGAAAGCAGCCCUUGUGCAGGUGUCACAGAUCCUGACACCGCGUCAGGCAGCUCGAGGUCUGCUGGUUUUGGGAGAAUACUUUGAAAGGCUUAGGGCUCUAAGCCAAGUCUGGGCAACGAAUACUCGGGAGCCGGAGUAGGGUUCUGAUGCUUCCUCCGCAAGGCAAGACCUGGAGACGGGGAUUUUCGCUAUGUCAGAUUGUUGUCUUUGUUGAUAAUGUUGUAGUUGAGAACAUGUCGCUGUGGGGGGCAUAUAUAUAUAAUCUUUCUUAGCUUCUAGCUGCUGAGAUUUUUGAAGCAGCCUCAAGAUCCCUUUAAUUGAUAAAAUUGUAAAUAUUAUUUUACCAAUUUUCAACUCCCUAGCAAGUUUGCAUAAAGAGAGAGGAUGGAAUAAAGAUCAUUUCCAAGCGUGUGCAAGCAAGGAAGAGCUUUAUUUGUUUGUACUAGUGAAAGUUUCUGUAUAUACAGAUUGUUGUUAAAGCUAGAAAAACAAUAAUUUGUACUUUGUUGCUAGAGCUAGGAUUAUAUGAGGAUCUUGUGGGCAAUAUUGUUAGAUUUGGUUUUGUUUGGGUGUUUUGGGGUCUGCAAUUUGGUGCUUUCUAGUUUAUACACUUUUAAUGUUGUUAGAUCAUCUUAGUAUAUUCAAUUAAUCAUUUCAAAAUGUGAUUCUUAUUAUUUGUUUUUGGUAAUGGAUGAAUGAGAUUUAGUAUUAACAGUAAUCGGCAACCACUGGCGGAUCUAGGGUUGGGCCACCCCGGACCACGGUCCAGCUCUCCUCCGAUCCAGAGUUAGUAUAAUACGUAUAAAUUUUUUGAUUUUAG